UGAGCGAGCCUCCUCACAACGCACGUAGCCUUCGCGACGUACGGUCCCGCGACACGUAAUUUGACGCGUACCCGCCGCGAGUCCAUGUGAGCGACCGUCGGUUCUCUCGUUGUGUACGGUGAACGAAGUUCGGCAAGCUGUACGCGCCGCAGGAAGACGACAUGUUGACGAUGGAGACGGAUCUCAAGGGCGGCAGCCUGCACGCCACUGUGCCGCCGCACCACGCGCUACAGCACGGCUAUGGGUCGCUGGGCGCGCUCGGCGGCAUGAUGGCGCUGCCGCAGCAGCAGCCGCUAGCCCAGCAUCAACCGCUGCAACACCAACAUCACCAACAAAUGCCGCAGCAUCACGCGCAGCCCCAGCAACAACACCAUCAACCGCCCAACAACAACAAUAAUACCACCAGCAAAAAUUCCAACGCGGAUCGUGUUAAACGUCCUAUGAACGCUUUUAUGGUGUGGUCGCGUGGGCAACGCAGGAAGAUGGCUUCAGAUAACCCCAAAAUGCAUAACUCUGAAAUUUCUAAACGUCUCGGUGCACAGUGGAAAGAUCUUUCGGAAUCCGAAAAGCGGCCGUUCAUCGAUGAGGCGAAGAGACUGCGCGCCGUUCAUAUGAAGGAACACCCUGACUAUAAGUACAGGCCCAGAAGGAAGACGAAGACCCUCGCAAAGAAACAGGAUAAAUACCCACUGGGCGGUGGAGCGUUAUUAGGAGGUGGCGAGGCGCAGCGGACAUCGGCUCCCGCGGCCCAGCAGCCCCGUGAUGUUUAUCAAAUGACACCAAACGGGUACAUGCCCAACGGAUACAUGAUGCACGACCCGAGCGCGUACCAGCAGCAGGCAUAUGGAUAUCCACGCUACGACGUCUCACAAAUGCAGCAGGGCGGCUACGGCGGUGGCUACUACGGCGGCGGGCAAGGCUCGCCGUACCUGCCACAGCCGCCUUCCCCUUCAGCAUACGGGCUCGGGCCGGGCUCUCCAGGUGGAUACGCGCUGCCUCCGUCUUGCGCAUCACAUUCACCAAGCGGCUCGUCCGCCAAGUCGGAGCCGGUAUCGCCGGGCCCGCCGGGCAUGAAGCGCGAGUUCGUGCCACACGAACCGCAACUGAAGCGCGAGUUCGUGCCGCACUCGCACCCUCACGACCAGCUGUCCAUGAAGCGCGAGUACGGGCAGCAGGACCUGAGCCACAUCAUCAACAUGUACCACGUGCCGGACGAGCAGCGGUACGCGGCGGCCGGCGAGCGCGCUAUGCCGCUCAUCUGAGAAUCGCCCUUCGCGUGCGACAUCGACAUCCCGCCGCUCUGAGCAGGAGCAGUCGCCGCGCCCGGGCCGCCACCGGCCUCCAGUGACUUUGUUGUGAAUCGGUUGUCGCGUUUAGGACAGUGAUCGUUAUCUCCCGGCCGUACAUACUUCUAGGUAUGUCCAUUUAUUUGUUUUAUAUGACCGAACGCUGUUGGUGUUGCGGAAUGUUGACUUAGCGAGUUGUUGGCCGUCGCGUCGCCGGCGGCCGAAAGUUCAAUUAAUUAAUGUUGUUGAUGAAUUAUCUUGUAUUAUAUUAUGAUUAUUGUAUUUUUUCAAUGAUUAAGUUAAAUAUUUUAAGUUGUGUCGUGAGGAUGGAUGAGAGAAGGUUGAGUGAGGGAGCGCGAAAGACGAUAGAGUGAGUGCGGUAAUUUGAAUACCAAAAAAAUUUGAACAAGUUUGUAAAUAUAGUGUUAAAGCUAGAGUUGAAGUUGGAGUUAGUCGGUAAAGCGUAGGUAGAUAGAGAUAAGCCGUGCCACGACGCACUCGCGCGCCGCGCCUUGUACAAAAUAUUUGUUAUAUGGAACGAAAGUUAUAAGCCCCGAAAGACUAAAAUAUUGUAAUACGAAAAUGUACAGUGAGUGUUAUAUAGUCAGUGGACACAAAAGUAUAUUGAAGAAAAGAUGAAGUUAUCAAUAAACGACGCGUUAAAAUUGUA